AUGAGCAAGGCCCAUCCUCCCGAACUGAAGAAAUUUAUGGACAAAAAGUUAUCGUUGAAGUUAAAUGGAAGACUACGGGGCUCUGAUCCCUUUAUGAAUUUUGUGAUUGAUGAGUGUGUGGAGAUGGCAAAUAGUAGGCAACAGAAUAGCAUCGGAACGGUGGCCAUACAAGGAAACAGCAGCAUCAUGUUAGAAGCCUUGGAAAAAGUCUAA